AUGCAUCUUUGGAAUCAGCUUAUGCUAGCGGUGCUUCCAUCGGUACUGCCGAUGGUUCAUGCGCAGCAUAUUUUGAAUCUGAGCGGGGAUGGAUGGACUGUGAAAAGCAAUGCGCUGAAUAUCAGCGUCCCCGGCAGUGUCCCCUCACAGGUCCAUUUAGAUCUUCUUCGUGCGAAUGUUAUUGAUGAACCGCUAAGUGACUCCAAGUCCUCUUGGCUUGUGUUCAAGGGCCUUGACACUUUUGCAACAAUCGAGUUCUGCGGUCAAUUAAUCGGAACUACCAAUAACCAGUUCCGCCAGUACACCUUUGACAUUUCCGACGUGUUGAAACAUUGCAACGGAGCUCCAACUCUCUCCCUCGAGUUUGGGAGUGCCAUUAAAAUCGCAAAUGCCAUUGCUGAUGAUCCAAACUCACAAAAAUGGCCGGACGGUCUUCAAGGAAUCUAUGAGUUCCCUAACGGCUGGUAUAUUCGCAAAGAACUGUCCGACUUUGGCUGGGAUUGGGGCCCAGCGUUCUCGCCUGCUGGCCCAUGGCAGAAUAUCUACCUAGUGCAGGCUGAGCGCGAAGAAGAGAUAUACGUUCUAAACACAGGCAUUGACUUCAGUGCUUGGUGUCACGCAACCCAGCUGUUCCAGGCGGAUAUGUACAAAUCUCAAAUCCAGUUCUACCGUCGCGGAAGCGGAAUGCCAGAACGUCAGCUCGGAGCUCUGUACUGGCAACUCGAGGAUAUCUGGCAAGCUCCGACAUGGGCUGGCAUCGAGUAUGACGGUCGGUGGAAGGUGCUUCACUAUGUCGCUCGCGAUAUCUUCCAACCCGUUAUCGUCUCGCCAUUCUGGAAUUCUUCAACCGGUGAUUUGUCUGUCUAUGUCACAUCGGAUCUAUGGGAGGUGGCUUCGGGAACAGUGAAGUUUACAUGGAUGGAUUUGUCUGGUAAGCCGAUUCCAGGGAAUGCGGGCACGCCUCUGACGAAGGAUUUCUCUGUUGGGGCACUUAAUACUACCAGUGUCUAUGGUACAAACGUGUCGAAGCUAUCUCUGCCUAAUGUGAAGGAUGCUGUGCUGGUCAUCGAUCUCACUGCUAAGGGCCGUCUACCGAACGCCGGGGAAAAGAGUCUGACUACUUUCACACACCGGAAUAAGUUCACGCCGGCCUAUCCUAAAGAUUUGGCACUGAAAGACCCAGAGCUCAAGCUGUCGCAUGAUGCCCAGACUGGCACGUUCACUGUCGAAGUUCGGAGUGCUGUCUCGCUGUAUACAUGGCUUGACUACCCCGCUGGUGUGGUGGGGUACUUUGAGGAGAACUCGUUCUCUUUGCUUCCUGGUGAGAAACGGACUCUUCGGUUUGUUGUGCAGAGGGAUGAGACUGGGGGGAAGUGGGUGGAUGGUGUUACCGUGCGCAGUCUGUGGGAUCAAACUACCAAGGUUUGA